AGCUUAGAAAAUUCUUUAGUGUAAGGCCAGUUCAAUGCCUGCCUUCUGGUUUUCUUUCUUUACAUAUUCAAAGCUUUCUCCUUUUCCCACCAAUUCAGCACUUCACAAUCCAAAUAUAAUAUAGUUGACUUCUUCUUCCUAUAUACUGAUGACAUCACUCCAUUCUGCAACUUAUUUUCAAUCCAGAAUCGUGCCCAAUGUUCAUUAUAUAUAUGCAAUGAGUUUGCUCCUGCAUAACAGGUUCUGCAACUAAUUCUUUGUUCCAUCAUCUACAAAUUCUGAGGACUUCAAUGAUUUUUUUGAUUGUUUUCUCAGAGAAACUCAGUGCCCUGCAAUUUUUGUGCCUUCUAAGCCUGCAUUUCAGUGACACCCAAUUGAGCACUCAUGUUCCAGUGUGGCACCCUUAUUAGAAUUCAAGGCUUUUAAGACACCCAAUUGGAUUAAGUCCAAAAAAAAUGACGAGUGGAAAAAAAGAUGGGCUUCUGUUCAAAGCUACUGGAUCACCUUUUGGGGUUUCAAGAUUAGCAGUUGCAGUUGGAGCAGGAAUUCUAAUUGUUCUGAUCUGGACUUAUCUUUACCCCCUUGAUUUUUUGCCGUCUUCAGCACCAAACUAUGUUUCAAAUGCUCUCUCUCAUGUCUCAUUGCAGGUGCUGUUAUCAUGUGAAUAUGCAAAGCAGGUGAAGCAUCUAAAAACAGAGUUACAUACACUCAGGUUAUCAAAUGCCAAGCUGAGAAAACAAGCAAGAGAGCUGAACUGGAAGGUCCAGCAAGCAGAGCAAGUAAAACACAGUGACCAAAAACAGCUUUUGACCUUGGGGGCUCAAGUGAAGGCAGGGCCAAUGGAAACUGCAAAAAGCUUGAGAACAAAUCCUGCAGUACUCCCAGAUGAAUCAAUCAAUCCCAAACUGGCUAAACUUCUUAGGAAUGUUGCAGUAAACCAGGAGCUCAUCAUUGGUAUUGCCAAUUCAAAUGUCAAGGACAUGCUGCAGAUCUGGUUUGAAGGCAUUAGGAGAGCUGGCAUUACAAAUUAUCUUGUUGUUGCAUUAGAUGACCCCAUUGUGGAAUUCUGCAAAUCAAAUGAUGUUCCAGUGUAUCGAAUAAAACCAAAUGAAAGAAUAUUAAGCUACUUACAGGGAGACAAGCAUGCUGUUUCAGCUCUAAAAUUUGAAAUAUUAAGGGAGUUUUUACAGCUAGGAUACAGUAUUCUGCUAUCUGGCAUAGAUAUUGUUUAUCUGCAGAAUCCAUUUCAUUUUCUUCACAGGGAUUGUGAUGUGGAAUCCAUGACCGAUGGCUACACAGAUCUUCAAGCUUAUGGGUAUGAUGAUGUCUUCGACGAUCCUGCAAUGGGCUGGGGUCGUUAUGACCACACAAUUAGGGUUUGGGCUUACAAUUCCGAAUUUUUAUACAUUCGCCCUACAAUCCCUUCAAUUGAGCUUCUGGAUCGAGUUGCAGAUCGGCUUUUCAAAGAAAAAGCUUGGGAUCAGGCAGUCUUCAAUGAGGAGCUCUUUUUCCCAUCUUAUCCUGGUUAUGAAGGGCUUCAUGCAUCAAGAAGAACAAUGGAUUAUCAUCAGUUUUUGAAUAGCAAGAUUUUGUUUACAAGGUUCAGAAAUGAUCCAAAAAUGGCCAGCUUUAAACCAGUUGUUGUCCACAUCAAUUUUCAUCCAGACAAGCUUACUAUAAUGAAGGCUGUUGUUGAGUACUAUGUGCAGGGGAAGAAAGAAGCUCUUGAUCCUUUUCAUUGCGACUCUGAAAGUUUUUUGAGAGAGCAACCAAUUUAAGAUAUUCUGAGUUUCCUUCUCUGCUGCAAUCUUCAAAAUCUACAGCAAGUGUAAAGUCCCUCAUAUCUCAGGGUGCAGGGGCCUCCAUUACUAUUUCUUAAUCUUUGUGUAGACCUCCUACCAAGCCUGAAAUUUCAAACGAAUAAUGUCUUGUAAUUUAACUUCUUUGUUAUAUAAAUAAAAUCAUUAUUAUUAUUUUUCUAGU